AUGAAGCUGACCGUUGGAUUGGUUGCAACCCUUUGGGUGCAAUUACAAUUGACUCAAGGUCUUCAACCUGUGAUUAGAGACUAUUCUAAUCCGUCUACUCCUGCAUCUCAAUUCCGAUUGGCUUAUAAUGGUGCUGAGGGUGUCACCGUAUCAUGGAACUCUCCUUCUCAAAUUAACUCUCCUCAAGUUUGGUAUGGUGAAGACCCCAAUAAUCUUGUAGCCUCUUCCCCUGGUACUUCUACUACCUUCAGUACUGCUACCAGUUGGGAUAACCAUGUGACUAUUGGCAACCUGAAGCCCAAUACUAAAUACUACUACCGUGUGACGGGUUUGGCUGAUAACUUUGAUGUUGUGGGUCAGAAUUUUUAUUUCACUACUGCCCGUACCACUGGUGACCGUACUCCUUACUCAAUUGGAUUUAUUGCUGAUUUGGGUAUUGUUAUUGGUAACCUUUUUGGCAAGCAGAUUCCUGAUACUUUUGAUUCUAUUUUGUCGGCCAGAGAUUCUCUUGACUUUUUGUGGCAUUCUGGUGACUUUGGCUAUGCCGAUGACUGGCUCUGGGAAGAGCUUACUGGUGCCUAUCCCCUGAACUUAGAUGGCGGUGUGGCUACUUACAACAACAUUAUGAACUCUUAUUAUGACCAGUUCGUCAAUGUGACCAAAAACACUCCAUACAUGGUCGGCCCUGGUAACCACGAAGCCGACUGUAUCGAACCUGAUCUUGACUAUAUCACUAAUAAGUUUGAUCUCACCAUCUGUCCUUCUGGCCAGAGAAACUUCACCUACCAUCGCAACCAUUUUGCCAUGCCCACAGCUGAGCAGGCCCAGGACUACUUCCAGAAUCUGUGGUACUCGUGGAACCACGGUAUGACUCACUUUGUCCAAAUUAAUACCGAGACCGAUCUUGCUGCCGGAACCACUGCUCCUGAUGAGCCAGGUGGAGAUGGUGGCCUUGAUGCUGGUCCUUUCGGAUUCCCCAACCAGCAAUUGCAAUGGCUCGAGGCCGACCUUGCUGCUGUUGACAGAACCAAGACUCCCUGGCUUGUAGUUGCUGGCCACCGUCCUUGGUACAGUGCCUCUACUGUUUGUACCGAAUGUCAGGAAGCAUUUGAGAAUCUUGUCAUCAAGUACAAAGUGGAUCUCGUCAUGGCUGGCCAUGUACACUACUAUGAGAGAGACGCGCCUGUUGCUAACGGAGUCGUCGAUCCCAACGGACUCAACAACCCUUCCGCCCCCUGGUAUAUCACCAACGGAGCUGCUGGUAACUUCGAGGGCCACUCUUCCAACAGCGGCAAAAACCCCAGCUAUACCUCUAUCAUCAACAACAGCGACUACGGCUGGUCGAAACUCACCUUCCACAACUCGACACAUCUUACCCACGAUUUCAUCUCCUCGGAAACCGACCAGGUUCUCGACACUGCAACUCUUUAUAAAGAUCACGGGCUCGGCUGGUAG